AAGUUGGCGUUGGUCUGUCUGUCAAAUUUCACAAAGAUUUGUCGCUAGGGGACGCUUCAACCCCACUCUUCGUCGCCCGCUGCAAAGAUACGAAUUUGUAUAUUGAUAUGAAAAUGGUUUAUUGUUGUGUACCAUAUUGUACUUCAAAGCAAGGAAAAACCAAACAUGUGACUUUUCAUGAAUUUCCAUGUGAAGAAACACUUCGAGAAAAAUGGAUAAAAAAUAUAUCUAGGAAAGAUUCCUCUGGUGAUUUAUGGAGACCUGCUGACAGAUCUGUUGUCUGUAGUAGGCAUUUUGAAAAAAGCUCGUACAAAGAAGGAUGCAAAAUACGAGUACUGAAAAAAGAUUCUGUUCCAACAGUGUUUGAGGAUUAUUCUAAGUGUGUGGAAUUAAAUUUUCAAACUCAGAAAAGACAGAUUAAGAAAUUGAAACUUUCAAAUGAAAUAGUUAAUAGUGAAAAUAAUACAGCUAUAAAUUCUCUUGAGAUAUUGGCUGACGUUUGCAGUGCUAUUGAUACAAGAUUUGUUUAUUCUAGCAGUAAAAAUGUAGUAUUGGCUGAAAAAGAGAAGGCGAACAAUUUUUCAAACUUGAAAAAGUCAGUAUCAGAGACAAAAUUAGUUCCAUGCAAGCUUUCCACUUUACCUAGUCAUGUGGAACUGCUGCAAGAAUCACUACAUGUAUGUGAAUUAAAAUUGAAAACUAUGAAGGAAAAAAAUAAUGUAAUGCAAAAAUUAAUUUUAGAAAAUCAGCAAGAUCAAAGCAUAUUUUUAUUGGAAUAAUUCAUAGUUUUUGGCAGAAAAAAUAAAAAUUUUAAGCGAUAUUGUAUUGAAGUUCUAUGUGUGCACAGCAGGUGCUAAACUUACUACUGAGUAUAUAGACUGAAUUUUUUUUUCUUACACAAUUUUCUAAAAUCUUCUAAAAAUCUUUGAAAUAAUACAAUUUCUUUUUGUAUUUGAAUUUUGUUCCCUGAAGUUGCUCUUCAUGUUGUAUGAAAAUAUGGCUAACCCUCUAAUACUGUAGGACUUUCUGGUUCUGUAUCUAACAGUGCAGCUUAUGGAAAGUAUACAUAAAUGAAAUGAUAAAAGUGAUGUACAAAAUUAUCAAUAUUACUAUGAUUUUUCUGGAGCAAAGAUUGCAAAACUAAUUUUGCAAUUUUAAUUAGCAGAACAGCUUUUGUUCAGUAUCAAAGAACAUUUUUUUUCCAUAUGGAAACAUAAAAUUC